AGCGCGCGCGGAGCUGAGAGUCAGUAGCCGAUGCCGCCGCGGAGCUGCUGCAGCAGCGCGCGUCGUCCAACGAGAUCAACGACGAGGACGAGCUGAUGCAGACGGCUUUGAAUGCGUUCGCCGUCAUGAGCAGGCGACGACGAUGCGAUCAUGCAAUCCGAGGAUGAUCGCCGCCGGCGGUUACUGUUCUUGCCUUUUCCUCCUGAUUCUGGGAAUCGCCGCUCUGGCGACGGCUUCUUCCGCAGAAGACACAAAGCCGAAUCUUGACAAGACGCGCGCUUUGGACCACCGAUUGCCGCAAGCUCGCAAGCACCAGCAGAGACAAAAGUCGGGCAGGUUUUCAUUGAGAAAUGAUUCAGCGGCACUAGUCGGAUUCACAAGCUGGAGCGACUGGUCGUUGUGCGACAGAUACUGCUCUCAAAACCGAGUCAAGAAAUGCCGCGCGAAGAAAAAAUGCGGCAACGCAGUCAUACGAGAGGAACGAGUCUGCAGUCACGAAGGAGCAGGACGACGGCCAAGAUGCAAACAGCAUCAGCAGCGGGCGGCUCGUCGGAAAAAUCGAAAUUUCCACGUUGUACAGAUACCCGAAGGUGCUAAGCCGCGUCACGGACGGGGGAAGAAGCAAGAAGAGGAGGAUGAUUGGUUCACAGGCCACUACGGCAAGUGGAGCAAGUGGUCGCCUUGUACCAAGUCUUGCACGACGCAACGCCAUAGAUGGUGCAGAAUACCAGGCCUUUGCUGGAAAGAUGUGAUUCGUCAAAGUGCCUAUUGUUACGUCGAGGGAAGCUAUUGUCAAAGAUGGAUUCGACGAAAAAUACGCGACAAUAACUACGAGGAUUUUAGUAAUGAUUUAUUAGUAGAUAAGUAUGAUCUCAAUGUAAACGGUAUUGAGAAUUCAACGACCAACGAGGGAAGCAACUGGAAGUGCGGAGUGUCCAAAAAGAAUACGAGACUAUCGUAUUUCACGAGAAUAAUCGGCGGACGCCCCACCGUUCCCGGUAGUUGGCCCUGGCAAGUUGCCGUUUUAAAUAGAUAUGGAGAAGCUUUUUGCGGAGGUACUCUGGUCUCUCCGCGUUGGGUACUUACAGCAGCGCACUGUGUGCGGAAGCGUCUGUCCGUGCGUAUUGGGGAAUACAAUCUUUUGAUUAAGGAAGGCUCGGAAAUAGAAUUAAGAGUGGACUACUCGAUAACCCAUCCACGAUAUAAUGCUCAUACUGUUGACAAUGACAUUGCUUUGCUGCGUCUGCCAAUAACUUUAACUCCUUCGGAUUCGAGGGGCAUCGCUUGUCUUCCGGCACCCUGGCAAGAGUUGCCUUCGGAUCAGCUGUGCACAAUCAUUGGCUGGGGCAAGGCUAAUGCCUCCCACGAGUUUGGAACGGACGUGCUUCAUGAAGCUAGGAUACCAAUAGUUUCCGAUGAUAUGUGUAGAAACGUCUACAUUGAUUACAAAAUCACCAGCAACAUGUUUUGCGCUGGUUACCGACGGGGAAGAAUGGACUCGUGCGCCGGCGACAGUGGUGGUCCAUUGCUCUGUAAGGAUCCCGAGAAGAGCGAUCACCCGUGGACCAUUUUCGGAAUAACUAGUUUUGGUGAAGGCUGUGGAAAACGUGGAAAAUACGGAAUCUACGCGCGUUUGUCGAAUUACGUGCACUGGAUAGCUAAAAUCAUCAAGCAGACGGACGCUUACACGAAUUGAAAUUUUCGAACUAAAGUGUACGAUUUUGUGUCUUAUAGCGCGUGAACAUACUAGCAACAUUGCAAUGCUAGUAGAUUAAGCAUAAAGCAAAUGAACAUCCGAAGGUUUUAUAAAUAUUUAUUUAUUUUUCUUUAGAAUGUAAACCGAACUCAGUGUUAUAUUUGAGAAGUCGCUAGUUUAUUGGGCAUUGAAAAGUUGCUCCUCUAUAUAUAUAUUUUUGUGAAUCUUAACGACACCUAUAAUGGACCAAUUAACUUACGAAACCAAAUUUAACAUGUAACAACUGGAAAUUUCGCUCUUCCAAUGAAACACGCAUGUCUACUAUAUUUUUUUGUAUGCAACUUUUUUCAGAAAUAUAGUAACUUUGAAAUAACUCUU